AUGCUCGGAGGUCUGGGGAAGCUUGCUGCCGAAGGCCUGGCCCACCGCACCGAGAAGGCCACUGAGGAGGCUGUUCACGCAGUGGAGGGAGUGGUGAAGGAGGUGAUGGGACAUGCCAAAGAAGCCGGUGAGAAAGCCAUUGCUGAAGCCCUCAAGAAGGCCAACGAGAAAGGGGAUGAGGUGAUGAAGAAUGUCACUGACAAAGUCACCCACACCGUCUCAAAUGCUGUCUACCAUGCAGCAGAAAGCCUGGGAAAUCUGGGGGGACAGUGA